AUGUUAAUGAAAAAUGUAAUUCAAAGAAAUUAUGAAAAAUUCAUUUUAUUAAAAAGAGGAUUAAAUAAUAAUAAUAAUAAUUAUCUUUUUAAAAAUAAUCAUCUUAAUCACGUAAGACAACAAUUUAUAAAGAAGCAACAAUAUCAUCAACAACAAAAACAACGACGAAUAGAAACAAAAACGCAAACGUUAAUAUAUAAUAAACGUGAACAAGAUGUUUUACCAAAGAAUUAUUAUUAUCAAUUAAUUAAUUAUAAGUCAUUCAAUAAUGGAAUCACCAAUAAUAAUAAUAAUAAUAAUAAUGAUAUUAUUAAUAACGAAGAUGAUUUCAUUAUUAAUAAUAAUGAAAUUUCAGAGGAUCAAAGUUCGAAUAAUCAACAACAACAACAAGAACAAGAACAAGAACAAUUAACAAAAAAAGAUGAUCAAACAAUAAUUAAAAAUUAUUUAAAUAAUUUUAAUUAUAAAGAAAUUUUUAAAAUUUAUCAAAAUUUAUUAGAUAAAAAAAUAAAAAUUCAUCCAAUAAUAAUAAUAUAUGUAUUUGCAGCAUAUAUUAAAUUAAAUAAUUUAAAAGAAGCAAAAAAUUUAUUAGAUAAAUCAAAUUUAGGUAAUUUUCAUAUAAAUUUAUAUUUAAAAAUUUUAAAAAAUUAUUUAAAAAAUUUUAAAGAAAUUAAUUUAGCUAAUAAUUUAUUAAAAAAUUAUUUUAUUAAACGUAUUAAUCCAAAUUCUCGUCAAUUUACUUUUCAUGUUACAAAAUUAUUUAAUUCUGGAAAAUUUCAACAAGCUUAUUUACUUUAUAAUAAUAUUAUUUGUGGAGGUGUUAAACCAAAUGAAUAUACUUAUAAUGUAUUUUUAUCUGGUUUUUUGGAAAAUGAUAAUUAUACUUAUUCUGUUCAAUUAUGGGAUGAUAUGAAGAAAAAAGGUCAUAAACCAACUUCAAUUAUUUAUAGCACUAUGAUUAAUGGUUUUGCACGAAAGAAGAAAUAUCAUGAUGCAGAAAUUAUAUGGGAACAAAUGAAACGUGAAAAUAUAAAACCUGAUUCAAUAGCUUAUUGUGCAAUGAUAGAUGCUUAUUUUCGAGCAAAAGAUUAUCAAAAAGCUUUAAAAAUAUUUGAGCAAAUGCAACAAGAUAAUAUUCAGAUGAAUGAGAUAGUAUUUAAUAGAAUAAUUAAUGGAUUAUUAUGGAAUAAUAGAGUUGAAGAAGCAAUAUCUAUAUAUCGACAAAUGUACUUGAUGAAUGUACGACCAUGUAUAUCAACAUUUAAUAUACUUAUUAGAGGUUUAUUAUAUUAUAAAAAAUAUGAAACUCUAAUAGUAAAUAUUUUAGAUGAUAUGAGAUCGCAAAAUAUAACACCAGACGUUGUAACAUUAACAACCCUUAUAGAAAGAUAUUUUGCAAAAGGUGAUCUGAAAAGUGUCGGUAAAGUAAUUGAUAGUUUUGCUACAUAUGGAAUUAAACCUAAUGCAACUACAUAUGGAGCGUUGAUUAGUGGUCUUAUGCUUACAGGUAAUUAUGCAGGCGCAAAAUUGGCAUACGAAGAAAUGUUAUCGGUUAACAUACAACCAAAUAUACAAAUUUAUGGUUGCAUGUUAAAUGUAUAUUUUAAAUUAAACAAUUUAAAAAAUGUUGAACAAAUACAUCAAGACGUAAAAAAAUAUGAAAUUAGACCAACAGUUGGAUUUUAUAAUAUUUUAAUUGGAGGUUAUAUAAGAACUGGUAAUUUUUUAUAUGCAAAAAAUUGUUAUCACGAAAUGAAACAUUUAAAAGUUUAUCCAAAUCAAAAUACUUAUAAAACUUUGUUAAAUGGUUAUAUUAGUAAUAAUGAUUUGGAUAGUGCUACUAAAAUAUUACGUGAUAUGUGGGAUGUAAAUUUCGAACCUGUAGAUUUGGAAUUUAAACGUUUAUGUAUGAUGGUUGAAAAGAAAUGGCAAAAUAAUCGUAGAAUUAAUGAUUAUUUUGAAAAUAAAAAAAAAGUCGAUUAA